AGUGCCUAUAAAUAUAGUUCAAAGAAGCCUACUCAAACACUAACAAGAACAUAUUAAUUUUCAAGUUAAUAUAUUAACAUUUUGGCUCUUCGUGUGGAGAAAAAAGAAAGAAAAUGAGGCCAAUUAUUUUUGUUCUCUUUAUUAUUACAAUAGCGGGUUUGGAUAUUUGCGAUGCAAAAAAGCUGAAGAUGAAUUACUAUCACAAACGUUGCCCUUCAGUUGAAAGAAUAGUGAGGGAAAUAACAUGGAGCAGAGUUGGUGCUGAUCCAAGCUUGGCAGCAAAGCUACUUCGCCUUCACUAUCAUGAUUGUUUUGUUAGGGGUUGUGAUGCAUCGAUUCUACUAGAUUCCACUCCAAAAAAUAGUGGAGAAAAAGACGCACUACCAAAUAGAUCUGUCGGAGGUUAUGAGGUUAUUGACGAAAUAAAGAAGAAAGUGGAACAAUUGUGCCCACAUCAAGUUUCUUGUGCUGAUAUUCUAACCUUGGCAACUCGAGAUGCAGUUUCAUACCAAUUUGGAAGAUCAAUGUGGCAAGUACGAACAGGGAGGAAAGACGGACGGGUGUCGAGUGCAUCGGAAGCAUUAGACAGCUUGCCAUCUCCUUUUGCAAACUUCACCACUCUCUUGCACCAAUUUCAGGACAACGAUUUGGACAUUGUGGAUCUGGUCACUUUGUCAGGGGCACAUACAAUAGGAAUAACACGUUGCACAUUGGUUGCUAGAAGACUUUAUAAUUUCACAGGAAAGGGCGAUGCUGAUCCUUCAUUAAAUCUCAAUUAUGCUACAACAUUGAGGAAAUUAUGUCCUAACCCUAUUAAUCGAGCAACUAUUCUAGAAUUGGAUCCCAAAAGUUCUACUUCUUUUGAUAGCCAUUACUUUGAGGCUCUAAAUCAACAUAUGGGCUUACUUGGAUCAGAUGCAGCCUUAAUGACCAACUCACUUUCAGCUAGUAUUGUAAAAAAGCUGCAAAAUCCCCAUGUUUUCUUAGCAUAUUUUGGUCGUUCGAUGAAGAAAAUGGGAGAAAUUAGAGUCCUCGCGGAUGGUGGAGGAGAAAUAAGGAAGAAUUGCAGAGUUGUAAAUGCUUAAUUCAAAGCACAUUUAUUUAAAUCCACUGGCUUUGGCUCUUGGAUUCGAACAGAAUACUGAGAAAUUUCAGGACUAAUAAGGAAUUGUAGAUGAUGAGAGUUGAUUGACCAGUGUAACGUACUUCUUUUUAUUUCAUUGCUUUUCUCAUCCUUAGUUUGAUGUGAAACAACUUCUGGGAUUUUCUUCAAAAUUCAGAAAGUGUAUUAGUGUUUUGCAUUUAGUUCAAAAUGUUUCGUUGUUUUCAAUAAGGAAAAGAAUAUCUUGUAAUGGGGUCAAAGAUAUAGUAA